AGCGCAGAAAAGGGAAGAAGUUUGGGAGAAAGAAAGAGGAGAGAGAAAGUGAGACUAGACACGGCGUUUCAUUUCAUUUCAUAGUCUUUCAAGCACAAAUCUCAAGCAAUAUUUAUUUUCUUCCUUUUUCUUCCUUUUUUUUCCUUGAUUUUUUUAUUUAUUUUUUUCCUUUUUUAAUAUUUAAUCUUGGUAUAUAAGUGCAUAAAUUAGUAUCAUACAAAACAAGGGUUGUGUUGUGGGAGUAAACACUGGAGUAAUUAUUAUAGUCUCAAUCAAUUGCAACGGCUAUUUCUGAAGUAGUGAGAUUUUGGUUUUGGGGUGAAAAAGUUUGAUUAAUCUUAUGGAUUUAUAUAAUGAUAAGGAAUCAUGGAAAUGGCCAGGGGAAGAGUAUCUUCUUAGAAAGGAACCUAAUUGCGCAGAUAUGGCCAAAGCUAAAUGUAUGUUGAAUGGUAUGACUGUAACUCAAAAUGAAGAAGACAUUUCAUACAUGAUUGAGGAAUCCACUCCGAUUAAGGCUUGUGGUGACUUGGCUUAUCAAUUUAAUAACUCUGUUACAGAGAUUAUGAGUAAGACUCCUCAAGAUGGCAAAGAGUACACCUCUCAAGUUAAGCGACGGCGUGUGCUGGACUUUGAUAGUACUACUGAUGAUAUUACAUCCUCAUUUCUCAAAUCCAAGGAAAGGAUUGAUUCUUUCGAUGACAUUGAUAUAUUACCUGAAAUGUCAGAGUGGGAGGCUUGCUUGCAAGAGGAUUUAUGUUUUGAGGAUUUAGUUCAAUCUGAAGCUUGGCUUGCUGAUUGCCUUAUUGACACCGACAUGAAUACUAGCUCCGAUGAUGGGAAUGCUGCUGUCACAUCUGACAUUCAAAUUGGUAUCAAUGAGGUUUGCAAUAUCACACCUGAUUCAGGACCCAGUAUGUCACAGCGACCAGUCAGAAGUUCUCGGAAUGUUAUUUUUAAAGGCAGGAAGUCUUUCAUGAGAGCACCAUCAAAACUUCCGUCCUCUGUUGCUUAUCCAUUUGAUUUCAUUAAACCCUCUGGAGUUAGUGGAGAUGUGACUCUCAAAGAUAUAAAUCAGCGGAUACUUACCCCACCUCCAUCGAAAUCCAAACAAGUUAAGGAAGACCCUGCCUACCCUACUUCAGCCUUUUCUGGGAAACCUGUUGUUGGAAAAACCAAAAUCCCUACUCAAGGAGGAAAAGGUAGCAUCACAAUUAUGAGAACAAAAGGAUGAACGCUAAGUCAUCUUCCCAUUUCCGCGGCUCCAUUUUGCCUUUUUGCUCUUAUCAUCCGGGGGCUGUGGAAUGGUUUGGCAUUGUAUUGCAAGGUCAGGUUAAUUAUAUAUCUAUGCAUUACACAAAUGCACAACACAUGGAAGUGUUAGUGCACGAAAAAUGCAACUGUUGCAAGGUUGAGAGCUGAUUUUUGUGCAAAUCUUUUGGUUCUUCGGGCGGCUACAAUUUCAGGGGUAUUCUUUAGCCUGUUACAAAAUAUGUAGCUUAGAUUUUAUAAAUCCUUAAAUUAUUUUGGUGGUCUGUACAUGGUUAUCUAUUGGUUCAUGAAAUACAAAUUUCUUGAUGUAUCUACUUGAUGUUGCUUCUAAACAUUGGGAUGAAAUGAAAAGAGUUGUUUUUGAGGUAGAGA